AAGCCUGUUGCGGAUUACUUCAUUUGUAUAUAAUAUUGAUGACAGAGCCUGUAGCUGAUUCAAUAUCCAGUAAAUCCUAACACAAUAAGUGACCACGUUAUUAUAUCGCUAUUGCUGCGACAUGUUUCGGGCCAAUUCGCAAUAGCGAUAUAAUAACGUGAGUACAACCGUAGAUUCAUUAAUUAUUUGAAUAUGUCUCACGAAAGUUUAACGUGUACAAUAAGUGACAUUGUAGACUCCAUGGAUUGGUUAUGUUUCCUUAUAUUUCUGUUUUCGAGAGUUGUAGUGGGUGAAAAUGUGUAUAAGUUACCGAAAGCAAAAGUGGAAGCUAUCUAUCCAAAAGGACUGAGAGUUUCUAUACCGGAUGAUGGUUACACCAUGUUUUCCUUCCACGGCACCUUUAACACCAAAAUGAACGGCUUCGAAGCUGGACAAUGGAACAGAGAUCACGUCAGACCUAAAAACGGACUGGAAAAAUGGACUUUCCGGGAUAAAAACGUGAAGUUGAAGAUUGGAAAUGUUAUUUACUAUUGGAUAUCUGUGGAGAAGAAUGGUCUGCUGUAUAAGUCUGAAGAAGAGAUACCAUAUGUAGAAUACGCCGAAUUCCUGGAGCCCUACCCUGCUCCACCGCCGCCACCAACAGGAUUCCCUUGCCCAGUCUCCAGCACACUAAUAUCUGCACCCGGUUUCGUCUGCAGAGGGCAGCUGCUAUUUGAGGACAGCUUCAAUGCGCUGGUGACGAGGAGAUGGAAGCCGGAAAAUGUGUUUCCUGGGGGACCAGAUUUCCCUUUCAACAUGUAUUCUGACGAAGCAGUCACAUAUCAGAAUGGUAAUCUUGUAAUAUCUGCAGUGCACGACCACCCAGGAAUACAUGCUCAAGAAAUUACUUUUGGACAAAAGUGCACAGGCAAAAUAGGAACAAACAAAUGCACGCGAAAGGCAGCAGAUGGUAACCUGCCACGUGUGAUGACAGGCAAGAUUACUACGAAAGAGAAGUUCAGCUUUAAGUUUGGAAGGGCGGAGGUUCGUGCCAAAAUGCCCGUUGGUGACUGGUUGAUACCAGAAAUAAAUCUGGAGCCCUUUGAAAACGCUUAUGGAAAGCACAACUACAACUCCGGUCUAAUAAAAUUGGCCUUUGUCAAAGGAAACCUUCAGUUUGCCAAGCAGUUGUACGGAGGAGCCAUUUUGAAGAGUAGCGAGCCGUUCAGAUCUAAGCUUUUGAAGGAAAAACUUGGCGCUGAGAACUGGAGUCACGAUUUUCAUAAUUAUACUCUGGUUUGGAAACCAGAUGGCUUAGAUCUUUACGUGGACAGUGAGCAAUAUGGUUCCAUUCCUGCUGACUGGAUCACCCGAGAAGACAUCGUUCCUGUUGAGAGGAGCUGGUUGGAUGGAUCACUUAUGGCUCCGCUGGAUAAAUUGUUCUACCUCUCCAUUGGUCUGCGCGUUGGUGGUGUGAACGACUUCGAAAACUCCUCGACCAAACCCUGGAAGAACCGCUCUAAGAAACCUGAAGGUGACUUCUGGAAGGCCAAGGGAUCCUGGAUACCCACCUGGACAAGUCCUGAACUAAAAGUGGAUUAUAUUAGAGUGUUUGCAUUGUGAAUGUUAAUCAAUAAAAUAUUUGUGG